AUGGAAACACAACCACCACCACCAGCGGCUCCUCCGCCUCCUCCACCGCAAGGAAACCCGGCCUUCCGGGCAAUGGGCCUCCCAAACAUCCGCGCCAAAUUCCCCUCUAGAAACUGGUCCAUCUUUAUCUCACUGUCGACAGCUUUCGCAGCAGCAGUCUACUACGACCGCCGUGAGACCAAGAGAGUUCAGAAGCACUGGUGCUCUGUUGUCGAACACCUUGCGCGGGAACCGUUGUCAACGCUGGAGCUGCCGAGGAAGGUUACAGUUUACCUGAGCGCCCCACCCGGGGACACUAUCACACCUUCUAGAGAAUACUUUCGGGAGUAUGUCAAGCCGGUGUUCACGGCUGCUGCGCUGGAAUUUGACGUUGGAUUAGAAGGAGGAAUGGUGUUGUUCGGGUUGGAGUUCAAGGAUCCCAAUGCAACUCCACCUCCACAAGAGUUCAAACCACCCCCCACCUCAAAACUAGACCGAGCCCUCGCCGAAACCCCCGACCCAGACAAAAAAGCUCGGGAGGAAGAAAACAAGAAAAAAGCCUCAAUCCCAUCCCCACACAUUCUCCCACAUGCCUACAAUACCUCUCCCACCCCCAGCUCCCUCCCAGAAACCUUCGACCCCGUCGGCUUCAUCCCCCACGCACACAUACUCGGCUUCCUGAACACACCGAUACGUCUCUACCGCUUCCUCAAUCACCGCAAAACGGCAGACCUCGCCGGUCGCGAAGCUGCCGCCAUUGCACUCGGCAUAUAUUCCCGCCCCUUUAACCUCGCACUAGAGCCUAGCUCUACCAUGAUGACGAAUGAGGACGUUAAAGGAGGGCUCGGAGCGGGUCGGGAGGGUGGGGAGAUUGGUCGUGCUUGCGGACGGGAAGAGGAGGCAGAGUGGCCAAAGAGGGUUUGGAAGGAAGAAGGGACUGGGACGGGAGAGAUCACUGAGGAGGUGGUAGUUGAUCACAGAAUUGGCGGGAGGAUGAGGAGGUUUGUGCUGCCCGAGGGGGCGGAGGCGGUGGUUGAUGCUGAGAAGGGGAAAAUUUAG